AAGGCGCACAAGAAGAUGCCGGCGUUCCGCGGCCGGCGCGGCUGGUGCGGCUGUCUGCAGGAUGACGAGCCACCCGAAAUUUGCGUGGUCGAGGGCGUGUUCUCACUGCAGACCCUCACGCCGACCCAACCGAUGCCGGCCAUCGAUGAACUGGACAGCAAGUUUGCGGAACUGGUCGAAGAGCUGGAUCUGACCGCACCGAACAAGGCCGCCAUGAUGGGUUUGCCGCCGCAAAAGAAGUGGCAAAUCUACUGCUCCCGGAAGACACCCCUCGACAGCGGACCGAACGGAGCACCACCGCAGGCCAUCCCGCCCACCGCGGAGCAGUACAUCGAGCGGCUAAAGGACAUGGUGCUGCAGCUGAAGGCAUGCACACCGGACGAGUCGCCGAUCCACGAGUAUGGGCCCAAGAUCGAGUCGCAGACGGCGCUGUUCGACGCCCUCCGGACGGCACUGCGCACCUCGGCCCACAGCUUCGUGAUACGGUUCAUCGAGCUGCAGGGUCUUCCGGCGCUGCUCGAGCUGCUGCAAGCGCUCGACAUCCGGGUCGCGAACAGUCCGCUGCACACGAGUCUGAUCGGGUGCAUCAAGGCGCUGAUGAACAACUCCACCGGGCGGUCACACGUGCUGGCCCACCCGACCGGCAUUGACACGAUCGCCCGGUCGCUGGCGGCCGAGAACGUGAAGACGAAGAUCGCCGCCCUCGAGAUCCUGGGCGCCGUCUGCCUGGUGCCGGGCGGCCACAAGAAGGUCCUGACGGCGAUGUUGCGCUUCCAGGAGUACGCCGCCGAGCGGGCCCGCUUCCAGGGCAUCGUGAACGAUCUGGACCGCUCGACCGGCGCCUACCGGGACGACGUGAACCUCAAGACGGCCAUCAUGUCGUUCGUGAACGCCGUGCUCAACUACGGGCCGGGGCAGGAAAACCUCGAGUUCCGGUUGCACCUGCGGUACGAGUUCCUGAUGCUCGGCAUCCAGCCCGUGAUCGAGAAGCUGCGCGGCCACGAGAACGACACGCUCAACCGCCAUCUGGACUUCUUCGAGAUGGUACGCAACGAGGACGAGAAGGAGCUGGCCCGCAAGUUCGACCACGAGCACGUGGACACCAAGAGCGCGACGGCCAUGUUCGAUCUGCUGCGCCGCAAGCUGAGCCACUCACCGGCCUACCCGCACCUGCUGUCGCUGCUGCAGCACCUGUUGCUGUUGCCCCCGAGCGGAGGAGCGAACGCCCAGCACUGGCUGCUCUUCGAUCGCGUGGUCCAACAACUGGUCCUGCAGCACGAGGAGCGCCCGGCCAGCGAUCUGAUCGAUCCGGACACUCCGGCCGGCGACAAGCGCUCCGAGACCGGUUCGGUGGCGUCGGCGUCGCUAAAACUCCGCGACCCGGAUGUGGCCCCGCUCGCGAUCGACGUGCGCAAGAUCGUGAAGCUGCUGGUGAAGGAGGAAGAACUGGUGGCGGCCCGGACCCGAGCCGAGGAUCUGGAGCGCGAGAACGCCGAGAUUGCGGCCCGGCUGGCGAAGAAGGAACAAGACCUAGACCACCGGACGCAGGAGAAGGAAGACCUGGAGACGUCGUUGGCUCGGAUGCGCGAGCGGCUGGAGAAGGAGAGCGCCAACCACUCGCAGGCCGUCCAGCGGGCCCUGCACGCGGAGAUGCGGGCCGAGGACCUGCAGCACCGGUUCACCGGGGAGCAGCAGGAGCGGAUACGGUUGGAGCGCCUCGUGACCGAGGGUAGCAUUCCGGAUGAUCAGAAAGUGGCCGGUCUGGCGGGUGCGCAGUGCAACGGACAGACGGCAACCUCACCACCACCGCCGCCACCUCCCUGCAAGCUACCUCCGCCGCCUCCACCACCCAUGAUGAUGUCGGCGGCGGCCCCGGCAGCUCCACCUCCACCACCCGGCGGACUCGGCGGAGCAACGAAACCUGGGGCCGUCAAUGGAGUAGCCGGCGGAGGUCCUCAGGCACCGGCUGCCCCGAAACCGGACGCCCCGAAGAAGAACGUUCCGCAACCGGCGGCACCGCUCAAGAGCUUCAACUGGUCCAAGCUGCCGGACAGCAAGCUGCAGGGCACGGUGUGGAGUGAACUGGACGACACCAAGUGGUACAACAGCAUCGAACUGGAGUCCAUUGAUAAACUAUUCUCGGCCUACCAGAAGAACGGUGUGGCGAAUGACGGUUCAAUCGAGGAUCUUCGCUUGAUCGGCAAGAACAAGGCCAAGGUACUGUCUGUGAUCGAUGGGCGCCGAGCGCAGAACUGCACCAUCCUGCUCAGCAAGCUCAAGAUGACCGACGAGGAGAUUUCCAAGGCGAUUCUGUCCAUGGACUCGAGCGAGCAGCUCCCGAUAGACAUGGUGGAGCAGCUGCUCAAGUUCACCCCGUCGGCCGAGGAGCGAGCCCUGCUGGACGAGCACUCCGAGGACAUCGAUUCGUUGGCCCGCGCCGAUCGGUUUCUGUACGAAAUCUCCAAAUUACCUCACUACGAGCAGCGUCUGCGGAGCCUGCACUACAAGAAGCGGUUCCAGGUGACGGUGAACGAUCUGGCACCGAGGAUCGCGAGCGUCAUGGAGGCAUCCCGUGAGGUGGCCCGCUCGAGGAAGCUCCGGAAGCUGCUGGAGUUAGUGCUGGCGCUCGGCAACUACAUGAACCGUGGCGCGCGCGGCAAUGCGUCCGGCUUUCGGCUGGCGUCCCUGAACCGGCUAGCCGACACGAAGUCGAGUGCGGCCAAGGGAACGACGCUCCUGCACUACCUGGUGCAGAUCAUCGAGAAGAAGUUCAAGGACAUCCUGACGCUCGAGGAGGAUCUACCGCACGUGAAGGAAGCGUCCAAGGUGUCGCUCGGCGAGAUGGACAAGGACAUCACGAUGCUGCGGGCCGGACUGACCGAGGUGAACCGCGAGAUCGAGUUCCACCGGAGCAGCGGGACGGCCCAGACGGGCGACCGGUUUCUGCCGGUGAUGCGCGAGUUCCACGCGCAGGCCUCGGUGCGCUUCGCCGAGCUGGAAGAUCAGUUCCAGGACAUGAAGACGAGAUUCGACCGUGCCGUGCGGCUCUUCGGUGAGGACGGAUCGGUCGUCCAGCCGGAAGAGUUCUUCGGUAUCUUCGACGGGUUCCUGUCCGCCCUGAUGGAGGCGAAGCAGGAUAACGAGAACUUCCGGCGGCGCCAGGAAGAAGAAGAGAAGCGCGCCAAGCAGGAGGCGGAGCUCAAGAAGCGCACCAUCGAGCGAAAAUCGAAGGAGGGACUGCUCAGCUCGGUGGCCAAGAAUCUGGGCCUCAAGUCGAAGCACAGCAACGGGACGGGGCCGGUAACGGUGGCGGCCGACGCCAACAAUAAGGGCGAGUUUGACGACCUGAUCUCGGCCCUCCGGACGGGCGACGUGUUCGGCGAGGACAUGGCCAAGUUUAAGCGCUCGCGCAAGACGCGCCUCGGCCCGAACGGAGCCACCAACACGUCACCACCGCGCAGCCGCAACAGCAUCGGGCGGGAGGACAGUCGCGAGCGAACCGGGGUCGUCAACAACCGGCGGCAGUAGUCAUCGGGAUCCUCUACACUCCUCGUCUAACCCACAGCCCUCGCAAAACCUGUCCCCACCCUGUACGUUGACCCCCUCAACCUAUUCCGGUGCUAGCCGUGUGCUUUGAUGUUGUUGUAACCGGAACACGGCCAGUAGAUAAAUCAAAUGUAUCUGUCACGUCCCCCUACCCGUGGGUGCGUGUGUAUGUAUGUGUGUGGAGAGGAAUCGAAAGCCCUGGGGCCUUUCUUUCAUCGCGCGGAAACAGCCGGCGGUGGAGGUUCCUGUGGCCAAACGCACCGGCGCUGUCCGAAACGUGCUCUCUGAAGCCCCGUUGCGCCAAUUCCCACACCCCUUUGGCCCCACCCUGUAAAUGUUUAGUUACCAAGCAUCCUCGAGCUCGGUCGAUCCUCUGGUUGGUCGGCUGUCAAAAGAGGAUCGCUCCUUACGCUUUCUUCUCCUUAUCGUUCUCAUCUUGGUUGCACCCUGUACAGUAGUGUAUGUGUUUAGUGUCCGUGCUUAAGUCUUAAGUCUUCGGCUAGCGCUUCGAAGCAAACGAGUCAAAACCCUGCAACCUCAAAAGGGCUUCCUUUCCGACGAGUGAAACCAUGCGCCCGACCUUUGUCCUGGACAUCAUCGGUAUCCGCUAAGAAUAUGUGUAUGUACUUUGUCAACUUUGCAUUCCCAGUUUCUGCCGACUAUCCGGCUUCCGGCACAGCGAGCGAAGGUGUAACGAACCCGGGGAAUGGAGAGAUUAUAGUAAAAACAUUACAUUACCCUUUUCGAGCCCAUUUAUUGAAGUCUGCGCGCUGAAAACACAGUAUGCUCUACUUUGUACGUUGCGUAGUGCGUAGCAAAAACAAGCGUCGGAAAAAUGAUUGAUAAAUAAUAUAGAAGCUUUGGAUACUCGGAACCCACUCGGAGCACCCGAGGGGGGCUAUUUUUAGGAUUUUUUCUCGACGCAUAUUGUUGAAAGUUGUAAAUUGUUCUCAGCAAACUUCGCGUAAACGUUGCAUUCGUGUCCCGAUCGUGGAGGAUUACCUCCCGGAGGAUCGCGAGGAUCGCGUUCACACACAGUCAGUCAGUCAUCGUCGUACGUGUAUCAUAUCCACUCCUCCGCGUGCACGCAUCUCCCUUUUGUGUUGGUUUGUUGUCGAAACAUAAACGGCGUAAGUUGGGUUUGUUUAAGGAUUUUUUAAAAAUAAGGAAGGACGAGCAACACACACAAGUAGCGUUAGCAAAACUCAUGAUAAUAAACGGGGUCAUUGAUGGUAGCACCCGCAGCAAGGUUUGUUAGCCGCAGAGAGAGAAGGAGAGAAUGAUCUCUCCUUUUUUGUUUUCUGUUAUCCAUUAGCUCCGCAGCUCCACUUUUAACGUUAGCAUUAGCAUAAAGGCAUCAACAACUCAAGCGUGCCGCCGUAAGCGACAGUCAAGAAGCCAGUUUAGUCAGCCGGGUGGGACGUCCCACCGGGGUUUAGUUGUAAAUAUCGCCACGAAAACGAUGUGUUGUAAAGGCUCCUUAACAAAAGCCCACCUAGCACCGGCACCACCGCCCGUUGGCACCCAUUGGCCACCUUUUAGAUUGCACGCAUUCAAACCGUAAAUCUGCUUGUCGAUGGCGCUACGUGUGCUUUUCUCCCAGUGGUACCCCGGGGCGGCAGCAGCCGCUAGCGGUCAAAUCCAGUGUCAACGUGCGGAACUCACGUAGUCUCGAGCACACUUAGUAGUGAGAAGUAGCCAUUUUUGGAACACAACUUUGGACCCCUAGCGAAGGGAUCAAGAGAUUUAAACGAGACCAAACCGAAAAAAGGGCGGCGUAAGGAGCAGCAUGUGGUUGAUUUUUAGUGAUUACUGUGAACGGUACGAACGGCACGAUUGUAUGAAAUAAAUAGAUCGAAUAA